AUGAACGUAAUGGAACGAAAAACUGAUAGGAGGCAGUUGGGUUCGGCUAUGACUCCGAACGAGGAAGGACCAUUCGUCGUGCAGCCGGAUGGCUCCUCUAUGAAUCCUGCCUAUUUCGGGAACUCUUCGAAGUCAAUCAGAAGGGCUUCCGAUAUUCUUUUCAGAGGAUUCCUGCCCGGUUUUCGUCCUCCGAACAUUCUCGGCGACCCAAUGGCCUCCUUCAAGAGGAACCUUGUGGCCACCCCUUUGAUUUACAACAACGAAGCUAAUGGCAUUGCUGGCAAUAGUAGAUUACAUGAAGACAAUCUAUAA